CUUCACACUUGGUGAAGACCAAGUGUGGCCUCAGCAAAUCCUGCCCAGACAACUUCUUUGUGUUUAAAAUCAGCAGCGGGGCCGCCAACGUCGUGGGCCCGUCCAUGUGCUUUGAAGGCCAAACGAUCAUGAGUCCUGUGAAAAACAACGUGGGCAGAGGCCUGAACAUCGCCCUGGUGAACAGAACCACGGGAAAGGAGAUGACACAGAAAUAUUUCGACAUGUACUCUGGAGAUGCUAACCUCCUGGUGAAAUUCCUUAAAGAAAUUCCAGAGGGCACGCUGGUGCUGGUGGCCUCCUACGAUGACCCAGGGACCAAGAUGAAUGACGAAAUCAGGAAGCUCUUCUCCAACUUGGGCAGCACCUACGCAAAGCAGCUGGGCUUCCGGGACAGCUGGGUCUUCUUAGGGGCCAGAGACAUCAACGGUAAAAGCCCCUUUGAGGAGUUCUUAAAGAACCCAGACACGAAUAAAUACGACGGCUGGCCGGAGCUGCUGGACCUGGAGGGCUGUGUGCCCCAGAAGGUACAUUAGGGCGGCUGUGGCUCUUUCUGGGCCAGGGCCUGAGGACGCUCCUGCCUGCCUUAGGAGUCAGAGCCCAGGCUCACUGCGAGCCAGACUGGCCGGGGCUGGCGGCCAGCGGAGGAGGAGAAGGAAGAGGGAACGGAAGUGUGGAAAGUGCUGAGGGUCCUCCAGUACCCUGCACGCUUCCCCCGUUGGAAACAAAGCCCCCCCUGGGUGGAGGCGUCCUACCCGGGGGUGGCCAGCCUCAGAGGGUCCUUCCGGAGCCGGCUGUCUGUGGAGAGAACAGGUGUGCUUUCCUUCAGGGACUUCUGACUGUCGACUGUCACUCCCAAGGAAGGACAGGACGGACUGCCUGCACCUGAGCACAAUUAAAUUUUAUUUUUGAUGAUUUUGAA